GCUUCUGGCCCCGCCCACUGCUGACGCUCGCGCGCCGCCAGGGAGGCCUGCUGGUUAGUGGUUCUGAGGCCCGGUAGCGGCGUCCGGGUCCGCAGGUUGCGGGUUCGAGUCCUCGAGGCCCCGCCGCAGCCCCGGUGCCCGUCCCCGACGCGCGGGAGAGACCGUUGCGGGCGGCGCGACCGCGGCGUUCGCGGCGAAUCUGCCGCUGCGAAUCGGAGGGCUUGGCGGCGGCGGCGGCGGCGGCGGCCUCGCGAGAGUCGGGCGGGCCGACGCGCGGGCGGGCGGACCGGGGCCGGGGCCGGGGCCAGGAGCGGGCGACGAGCCCGCGCGAGAGCCGCCGGCAUGACGGGCCGCGUGUGCCGCGGCUGCGGCGGCACGGACAUCGAGCUUGACGCGGCGCGCGGCGACGCCGUGUGCACCGGCUGCGGCUCGGUGCUCGAGGACAACAUCAUCGUGUCCGAGGUGCAGUUCGUGGAGAACAGCGGCGGCGGCUCGUCGGCCGUGGGCCAGUUCGUGUCUCUGGACGGUGCCGGCAAAACCCCAACCCUGGGCGGCGGCUUCCACGUGAACCUGGGGAAGGAGUCGAGAGCACAGACCCUGCAGAACGGGAGGCGUCAGAUCCAUCACCUGGGGAACCAGCUGCAGCUGAACCAGCACUGCCUGGACACAGCCUUCAACUUCUUCAAGAUGGCCGUGAGCAAGCACCUGACCCGCGGCCGGAAAAUGGCCCACGUGAUCGCGGCCUGCCUCUACCUGGUGUGCCGGACGGAAGGCACCCCGCACAUGCUCCUCGACCUCAGUGAUCUGCUCCAGGUGAACGUUUACGUGCUGGGGAAGACCUUCCUCCUCCUGGCGAGAGAGCUCUGCAUCAACGCACCAGCAAUAGACCCGUGCCUGUACAUCCCACGCUUUGCCCACCUGCUGGAGUUUGGGGAGAAGAACCACGAGGUGUCCAUGACGGCCCUGAGGCUCCUGCAGAGGAUGAAGAGGGACUGGAUGCACACUGGCCGGCGCCCCUCGGGCCUCUGUGGAGCAGCACUUCUGGUUGCAGCCAGGAUGCACGAUUUCCGGAGAACCGUCAAAGAGGUCAUCAGCGUGGUCAAGGUGUGCGAGUCCACGUUGCGGAAGAGGCUGACGGAGUUCGAAGACACGCCCACCAGCCAGCUGACCGUGGACGAGUUCAUGAAGAUCGAUCUGGAGGAGGAGUGUGACCCCCCUUCAUACACAGCUGGGCAGCGGAAGCUGCGCCUGAAGCAGGUUCCGGCUGCUUUGUUUCAGCUUGAACAAGUUCUGUCCAAAAAACUGGAGGAAGUUGAAGGUGAGAUAUCUACCUACCAGGACGCGAUUGAGAACGAGCUGGAGAGCAGCCGGCCCAAGGCAAAGGGGGCCCUCGCCAACCUGACCAGAGACGGCUCCGUGGAGGACACCACGUCCAGUGUAUUUGGGGAAGACGAUGCCGAGGACGAGGAGUUGGAAGCCGCUGCCAGCCACCUGAACAAGGACUUUUACCAGGAGAUCCUUGGUAGCGGCUUGUCCAGCAGUUCCGAGGGGGCCGGAGACCCCGAGGAGGGCGCCAGGCCCCCUGCCCUGGAGUCCCUGCUUGGCCCCCUGCCCACCGCGGCCAGCCUGGGCAUCUCAGACUCCAUCCGAGAGUGCAUCUCCUCCCAGAGCCAGGACCCCACGGACGCGUGUGGGGACGGCGAGCUGGACCUCAGUGGCAUCGACGACCUGGAGAUCGACAGGUACAUCCUGAACGAGGCGGAAGCCCGUGUGAAGGCCGAGCUGUGGAUGCGGGAGAAUGCAGAGUACCUGCGGGAGCAGAGGGAGAAAGAAGCAAGAAUAGCAAAGGAGAAGGAGCUUGGCAUCUACAAGGAGCACAAGCCCAAGAAGUCCUGCAAACGCCGGGAGCCGAUCCAGGCCAGCACGGCCGGGGAGGCCAUCGAGAAGAUGCUGGAGCAGAAGAAAAUCUCCAGCAAGAUCAACUACAGCGUGCUCCGGGACCUCAACAGCAAGGGCGGGGGCGGUCUGCAGGAGGAGGACGCACAGCCCGAGGGGCGGACCGCCACCCGGAAGCUGUCUCGGAGGAAAACGCCCGCCAGGAGGCACAGGGCCGACCCCGGGACCAGCGUGGGGAAGAGGUUGAGGCCAAUGGUGUCCGCGCAGCCGGCCAAGAAGGCGGCCGCAGGAGAGCCCUUGCCCCUGAGCCCAUCCACCCUGGGAGCCGAGCCCGCCAGGCCCACAGCGGUGCUGGUGGAGAGCGGGCCCGUGUCCUACCACCCCGAGGACGACCCCGAUGAGGACGACCCCGACGAGGACGACGGGGAGCCCUGUGUCAGCGCCCUGCAGAUGAUGGGCAGUGGCGAUUAUGGUUGUGACGGCGAGGAGGACGACGGGUACUGAGCCGUGGCCCUGCAGCCGUGGCGUCUGGCAGUGGGGGCCUCGGUGGGCCCGCCUGCCCCGCAGUCCUCACCGCAGGCGCUCAGCACCUCCGUGGCACUGGUUGCCAGGACCACGUCGGGAGCGUCGUCGGGAGCGUUUCUGCCCAGCAGGGGACUGGACCGCUGCCUGUGCGUCUGGUCCGAUGUGUCUUGUCCCGUGGAAGGAAACUGAGGCGCGAGAAGGCCCGCUUUUCGGAGCGAGUGGAGGGCUCCUUGUGGAGCCGGGUGCCUUGGCCCCCACCCCUCCCCGGGGCUGAGAAGCACUGCACCAGCCCCACCCCUGCGGGGCCAGGGCCACUCUGUGCCUGUGGCUGUGUCUUCAGCCAGACCUCGGACUCUGGCCCACGACAGGACAGUUGGCUCCGUGAUCCCUGGGUGCACAGCUGCCCUGGGCAGUGCCCGCACAGCCUCUGGUGGCUGCCCAGGGUGUUGAGCUGGUCCUGCUGCAUGGAGCCAGACCCAGGAGCUGGAACCGGAACCGGGAGCCAGAGCCGGAACCGAGAACUGGGAGCGGGAGCCGGAGCCCAAGCUGGAACCAGGAGCCAGAACUGGAACCAAGAGCCAGAGCCAGAGCUGGAACCGGAGCCAGAGCCGUAGGUGCUCCUUGCUUGACCUGGGAUCUGGCUCAGUGGCCACAGAGGAAUGACAGGCAGAGGGUCUUCAAGCCUGGCCACUCUGCCCUGGAUGGUUCCUGCUGCCCUUGACCACCCCUAAGGACCAGGCCUCGUCAUUGGAAGGCCCAGCGACCGCUUUCAGGGUCUCCGCUUGGGCGUUGCUGCUCUGGACAUGGCCAUGGAGGCAGGGCAGAUGUUUUUGCUGCUCGAGGCCCCAGACCUGGCCACCCUGCCCCCCCCACAGUGGCAGAGUGGGGCCACACUGCCUUCCCAGGGGCCAGCCCUCCGUCUCCAGGGCUGGGCCAGACCCCUCCUGAGCGCAGCAGUCUGUAGGUAGGGAACUUUGAGGUCUUGACUGCACGUGUCUGUACCCUGCAGCCAGCCUGGACCCGGGGCUCCUGAAAAGCCGGAGAGGAGAGUGAGUUUAGUGAAACAGAAAGAUCCGUUACUUACGCAGAAAUUGGCUGAGGCUCUGGUCUGUGCCUUCCCACCUGGGGCUGUGGCCUUGGAGGAGUGAGGCCACGGCCAGUGGGGGUGGGAGGAGCAUACAGUGUGCAGGCUGGACUCACGCCUGACCCUGCUGUCAGAUGCACUAUGGGGACGUGGUUCGGGUUCAUUAGCAAUCCCCUUGUGCCCAGCCCCGUAGGAAGUCCCAGAGUCUGCUCCUGGCGCCGGUCUCUCGUGGGGCCACAGGGCAGGGAGAGCUUGGCCGCAGCGGCUCUUAGAGCAGCCCCAGGCUCUGGCUUCCUGGCAGGGCCGGCGGGGUGGGGGGGUUCACCGAGCCACUCGGGGAGCAGAAGGUGGGCCGAGCCUGGCCAUGGAUGACUGGCUCUGGGGACUUCCAGGUGGAGGUGUGGCUGUGGCCACGGAGGUGACAGAACCACCCUCUGGCAGAGGGGGCUGCCUCCCCAGCAGGGCGAGCAAGGCAGGCUUCAGGACCGGGCUCUGGCAGGACACAUCCCCGAGGGGCUGGACAGAGGAGGUUCCCACGGAGGAAGAGUCCUCUGUCCCAGUGGGGAUGGGGUUUCUGUGGGGGUGUGCAGAGGGCUGGGGUCCUCGGAGAGGAUGUGGUGAGGAGAACAGUGAGGCCCGGGCCGUGACCGAGGUGCCGUGACCUGGGGCUGGCAGCCAGCAGCCCUGUGCUCUGUGUCCAGGUCGCCACUGCCACCGGCGUGGGCUUGCAGGGGACACACAGGAGGCCCGUGUGCCCCUCCGCCCCAUACCUGGGCGCCCCUCGUCCAACCCUGAGGAUGACCUACGUCUGGUCGCUGGGUGUGGCUCUCUUCAGGGGGCCGUGGGGGCCUGUCCCUGGCAGGUGCGGGCUGCAGCUGAUGGGACAGGGCACCAGCAUCACCUCUCCCGGGUCCCUGCGGGCUGGGCCGCAGGAAUCUGCACCCAGAAAGCUUGGGAGGCCUAGGUGCCCCGGCCAGGGAGGGGCAGGGACCUCACUCCGUCUGAGGGUCAGGGUCACUGAGGUGCUGAGAGCCAGUGGGCGGUCAGACCCAGGCUGGGAUCAAGCCCCAAGGGGGUGUGUGGCAGUGGGCCUGCCCGGGGUGCCUCCCCCCACUGCGUGCAGGUCCCACCCCUGCCCCCUGCACUACAGGCAGGUAGCCGCCGGUUCUGCCCUAACCUUAGCCGAGACCAGAGGGGCACGGGAGCCUACGUCACUUCCCAGGUCACCCAGCGUGGAGGUGGCCUCCCUGGGACCUGUCCUGACAGCCGCCCCCUUCCCGGGUGCUGGGGCCUGGCCAUACCUGCUCUCGGAUGCCUGCCCCCGGGGCCUGGCCAGUGACAGCAGGCAUCCCGAGAAGAACGCAGGGCUCCCCGCUGGCUCCCUGCAGUGCUGGGGGUCCCUAGGGGGCAGGCGGGCCGCCGUGAGCACGUGUGCACCCGUGGGCACACAAACGGGUUCUGGGCAGCCUGGCGGCGCGCGCUUGUCCUCUGACUUGCAGAGCCGGGCGGCCUGCCAGGGGGGCCGGGGUCCUCGUGGGGGGCAGGAGGCAGCAAGCAGGCGUGUCUGGCAGUCUCCAGGUGGGAGCGCUGUGCCCGUUGGCUCCCGGCCCCCUGAGCCCAGCUCCCCCUGGCCAGCACGUGCAGCAUGGCCGGAUGGGUGAGAGCCAGCGCCGGCCCGGACCGGGCACCGCGCGCGAGCAUAUGCACGGGUACAGGCCCGGCCCCACGCAGGUGUGCACGUGCACACGCAAGUCUGUCGGGGGUCAGGCCAGGGCGGGCAGGCGGGCCCGGUGCUGGCUGAGGUCAGACGGCCGUGGGCCUGCUGCUCUCGCUGGUGCUUCCCACGGGGCACCUCCCCGGUCUCCGGGGAGGGUGGGGGACGGCCGAGACCUGGGUGUGUGUGGCACCUGCUUGUGCCCCACCACACCCUGUGCUGUGUGACCUGGUGCCAGUCCGUCCCUGAGCGGGAGUCAGAACUACAGGGUACCUUCUAGAUGGCCGCAGGGAGGUGGGCGGGCCACAGCCCCUCCCAGGCAUGGGGGGACAGGUCUGUGACUCCUUUCCCCACCCGGGGCUCUCCGGCAGGGCGGCCUCUCGGGAUUGCCAGCUAGAUCAUUCCCAGGCAUCCUGGGCAGACAGCGAGAGCCCCGAGGGCAGAGAGAGGCAGGCAAGGAGGGAGGCUGGCCUGAUGGGAGAGCCCUCUGCGUCUGUCUCUCAAGGGCUGUCCCCAGAGCAUGACAUCGGUGCGUUUCCUCCAAAAGGCUGUGUUCAGCCCCACCCUCCCGCACCUGCCCUGCUGGCCACUGUCACCAGUGAUUUGGGGCUCACACCGGCCUGCGUGUCCUCAGGCCUUGUGUGCCCUAGGCUCACACACCCCGCCUCCCCGCUGCUCCCGCCAGGUGCCUCCUGCAGCCCCAAGUGGUUCUGGACUGGUCAGGCCCCUAAGUGGGCAGAAGUGCCGAUGGCCCGAGGGCAGCGUGGGUCUCUGGAGGAGGGGCUGGGCAGCCCCCAGGGUGUCCUGCUGGGUGCCGUCGCCCUCCGUCCCGCCCUCCCUGGACCGGGCCUGGAUGGCAGCAAUCUCUGCCGCCUCCGGAUCCAGCGUCCUGCCCUCCCACCCCUCUGUCCACCUCUGGGCGGCUGCAGCACCGAGCGGGGGGUGUCCUCCGUGGUGCCUUCCAGGCAGGGUCCAGGGCUGCUUCCUGGGGAGGGGCUGACUGGUGAGAGGCUGGGGGAGGGGGAGGGGGAGGGGCUCUUGUCACUGGCCUGGGUCUGGGCUGGCUGCCCCUGCCCCCGCCAGGCCGCAGAUGUUCCAGUGGGGCAAACUCAGGGACUUGAACUGCAGGCCACACACACAGCCACCAGGGAGAUGAGGUCCUUCGGGCUGACCGCGUCACUGUCCUCAGCCCUGCCCUGCCCCCUGGCCGCUCGCCCCCUCGGGCGCCCAGGCCCAGCCUUGCCUGGCUUCACAGGCAGGUUCAGCUGAGGCCCCCGCUCCCCCUGCAGCCCGGAAAUGCUACAUUCCCCAAAUAAUAAAGACUAGGAGACUUGAA